AUGCGGUCCGCCCUCAUCGCCACUUUGGCUUCCUUAGGAGCCGUCGGCAUCCGUGCCCACCCUACUGCUCAUUCGAACACGCUCGGUCGAAGGGCUGUAGAUCUAGAGUCAUUCCGCAUGAAGAUAAAAACUGACUACAAGAACGCCACUGAAGUCUUGUCGGACCCUUCUAUUCCAUCCCUCACGAGGCGCACUAGUGCUGAAGACAUUGCAACGCAAUUGGUGAAGACGACCGUACCCGGGGCCACUUUCCGCCUUGCGAACGAUCAUUAUGUGGGCACCAAUGGUGUAGCUCAUUUCUAUUUCAAGCAGACUGCCAAUGGUCUUGAUAUCGAUAAUGCGGACUUCAACGUCAAUGUUGGCCGAAAUGGAGAGAUUUUCUCGUUCGGAAACUCCUUCACCUCAGCUGAUGUCUCUGCUCUUCCGAAGUUAAGCAAACGCGAUACCGUAGAUCCCGCAGACGCCCUCAAAUCAGCAGUGGGAGCUCUCCAGCUUCCAGUCUCAGCCCAGAACGCGCAAGCUACUCCCAAAACGGGUGUACAAACCUUUGCUAUCACAGGUACCGAAGGAACCGCGUCAGAGCCCGAGGCGCGCCUUGUCUAUAUCCAGGAUACGGAGGGCAAGGUCACCCUCGUUUGGAGACUCGAAACCGAUAUUCUCAGCAACUGGCUCCUAUCCUAUGUCGACGCCAAAGAUGGAAGCAAGGUUCAUGCUGUGGUUGAUUACUCCGCCGAUGCGAGUUACGAGGUCUAUCCAUGGGGUCUCCAAAAUCCUACAGAAGGAUCGCGUAUCGUUAUCGAGGAUCCGUUUGAUUCGCAAGCCAGCGAGUUCGGCUGGCAUAGCACAGGUAGUGACAAGUUCACCGCCACACGUGGAAACAAUGCUGUUGCGCAAUCCAACUGGGACAACGUACAAACCGAAUCGCUUUAUUUGGGCUUACCUCGGCCGUCUGAUCCGAAUCUCGAAUUUCACUACCCAUACUCUUUGAACGAGACAGACUACAAGAAAUACGUGAAUGCCUCAAUCACACAGCUCUACUACACCGCAAACGUUUACCAUGAUCUUCUACAUAGGCUAGGCUUCAAUGAGCAGGCAGGUAACUUUGAGAUCAACAACAAUGGUGCAGGUGGCAUUGGUAACGACUUUGCCUAUCUGCAUGCGCAAGAUGGCUCUGGGAGCAACAACGCCAAUUUUGCAACCCCACCAGACGGCCGACCGGCUCGAAUGAGGAUGUAUAUGUGGACGAAUACCGAACCCUCGCGGGACUGCUCCUUUGAUGCGGGUGUCGUGAUUCACGAGUAUACCCAUGGAUUAUCCAACCGUCUCACUGGUGGUCCCGCAAACUCUGGAUGUCUAGCUCUCUUGGAAUCAGGGGGUAUGGGUGAAGGUUGGGGCGACUUUUACGCAACAGCUAUUCGCCUCAAGCCUCAGGAUACCCGGGAAACCGACUAUGCCAUGGGCGAAUGGGUCAAUGGCAAUGAGCUGGGAAUCCGCGCAUAUCUUUACUCGACUGAUAUGGCUGUAAACCCACACGUGUACACAGAUGUUAACGCUAUUACACGAGUCCACGGAAUCGGAACGGUGUGGGCUACCAUUUUGUAUGAGGUUCUCUGGAAUCUGAUCGACAAACACGGAAAGAACGAUGCUGGAACUCCUGAAUUCGAUGCAAACGGUGUACCGACUGAUGGUAAAUUUCUUACGAUGAAGCUUGUGUUGGACGGUAUGGCGUUACAGCCAUGCAAUCCUACCUUUAUCUCUGCACGCGAUGCAAUCAUCGAUGCGGACAAGGCUCUUACCGGUGGAUCCAACGCGUGCGAGCUGUGGAAAGCCUUUGCGAAGAGGGGUGUGGGUCAGGGCGCCAGGUAUAUGGUCUCCAACAGGGAAAAUAGCUUCGUGGUUCCGGAAGGUGUAUGUUGA